AUGACUCGCGAUAGCAGCUUUACUAUCCCACGACUUCGAUUGCUGUCUAUCUCUCAUCUCCUGGCCGUUGGAGCUGGAAUUGGCACUCUGGUGUCUGCUCUUGACACGACAACUGUAAAGACCGAUAACGGUGUUGUUAGGGGUUUUACAGGCGCAUCAUUUCCCAGUGUGGCUCAAUUCCUCGGUAUACCUUAUGCCGAACCUCCGGUUGGGAAACGGCGAUGGGCUCCUGCAGUAGCCAAAGGACGAUUCGGAACAUUAGAUGCAUCGCAUCAAGGCCCUGCUUGUCCUCAAGCUGAACCAUCCAACAGUGGCCCAUGGCGCCCUGAGUUUCUGAUCAAGCCUAACAGCACAAGCGAAGACUGUCUGUAUCUGAAUGUUUGGACUCCGUACAAGGCUCGGGCGAGCAACAAGGGAAAGCUUCCGGUGUUGGUUUGGAUCCAUGGUGGAGGUUUCACUGGCGGCGGUGGUAAUAUUGACUACCAAGUGCCCUCACACUGGAUUGCAAGAAGUCAGAAACACAUAGUCGUCAGUCUCAACUAUCGUCUGGGAGUCUUUGGCUUUCCAAAUGCUGCGGGUCUUGACUCCAAGGAACGGAACCUAGGACUUCUAGAUCAACGCCUCGCUGUUGAGUGGGUGCGCGACAACAUCUCACGCUUCGGGGGAGAUCCCAAGAGGAUCAUUCUCUGGGGUCAGAGUGCUGGCGGCGCUUCGGUGGGAUACUAUCAGUAUGCGUAUCCUAAGGACCCAAUCGCGCAUGCAUACAUCCAAGAUUCUGGUGGUGUCUUCUUGCCCAUCAACAAUGCUGAUUUCACACACUCCAACUUUACCUCUAUCGCAAAGGCGUUCAAGUGUGACAAAGACAAUCAGGUCGAUUGCCUCCGGAAGAUACCUUUUAAAGACAUCCAAAAGAAGGUCGAGAAUACAGCGGGAGUGAGCUUUGUCCCUGUCGUGGAUGAGAAAACCAGGUUCUCAGACUACUCGAGCCGACUUCUAUCGUCCAAGAUCCUCAAGCUGCCAUCCAUUAUUGGUACCAACAGAGACGAAUGGAACUUUGGUGGAGAGCCAGCAGAACCUCCAGUCAAACCACCACCUGAACAGGUUCACACAGACAGUACCUUUGGUUGUCCUGCACACUUUGAAACAGCUCUGCGGUCCUCAACUAGCGCCAAGACCUGGCGAUACAUGUACUCAUCAAACUUCACCAACAUCAUGCCCGGAGAUGAGGGUGCUUUCCACUCGGCUGAGCUUCCUUUGAUCUUUGGAACUCACGACAUCGCGCGGAACAAGUCUGGGCCGUUUGAGUACAAGAUCAGUCAUGCGAUGCAGGAUUACUGGUUGGCGUUUAUUCAGGAUCCUUAUACUGGAUUGACAAAGAAAGGAUGGAAACCAACUGCUGGAGGGUACGAUACGUUGCAGACAGGCGUGGAGUUUGGGUAUGACAAUGAGAUUGUCACAAGGAAGUAUUCGUUCAAGUCCUUUCAGGAAGGGUCUCUCAGCCACAAGUCUCAUAUUGUUCUGCACAGCACAAUGGCCAGCAAUUUCAUCGUCCUUGGCGACUCCGAAAUCCGAGAUCUUCUCAUAUCUCUGUCCAAAGAAGAGGUCCUUCGCUUCAAGAAGACUCUAGAAAAUAUCCUUGUUGACUUCUCUGUUAAAGGUGAAGGGAAAUACCAACCAACGCCAGACUUCGUCAAUCGGCCAAAUGGGCAAAAGACUCUCUUCCGCACAUUCACUUCCCCAGACUAUGUAGGCACAAAGAUCGUUGUUACGCCAGCUCCAAUCGAGGACGCAGAUGGCAACACGGUGAAUCGUCCACUUGGAGGGCUUUUGUCUUUGUGCGAUUCAGCGGGUGUGCCGACGGGUGUACUCAAUGCAGCUGAGCCCACGGGGUAUCGAACAACUUUAUCUGCCUUGAUCCCGUGGACUUGGAGAAAGAAUACGGAGAACAUUGUGAUCUUUGGAGCGGGGAAGCAAGGGCUUUGGCAUACUCGUCUGGCAUUAGCUCUGAGAGGUUCCGAGAUCAAAAAGAUCUCCAUUGUCAACAGAUCCGUGGGUCGGGCGAAGGAUUUGGUCAAGACGGUUACAGAAGAAAACCAAAAGUACUGGAAGUCUUCUGCCACUCUGGAUGUUCUGGACCCUGCUCAGUCUGAUUACGAUGCGGCUCUGGCAUCUCUCCUAUCAUCAGCUGACGCAGUGUUCUGCACCGUUGGCUCAACUAGUCCUCUGUUCUCACUCAAGACCAUCCUAGGUGAGGGAACACGAGGCAGAUUACCUUUCGUCGGCGCCAUUGGCUCAUGGCAAGCGGAUAUGAUCGAACUCGAUCCAGAAAUGCUUCGCCAUGCUGCCUCUCGCGACGACUCAUACAGUCCUCGUGGUGCGGAGGGCAGUAUUCUUGUCGACGAUCUGGAAGAAGCAAUGGUCAAGUCAGGAGAAGUGAUACAGAGCGGUCUUAAGGGUGAAAGGCUACUUCAGGUUGGAGAAAUACUGCAUUGGUUUGAUGAGAAGUCUGAAAGGAAGCCGGAAGGAGGUGUUGAGAAGCUGAAGAAGUGGAUUAGUGAAGGCUUCAUCGUGUACAAAGGCAUUGGUGUGAGUGUCACAGAUCUCGCCGCUGGAAACGCCAUCCUGGACCUUGCUAGGAGGAGAAAUGUUGGAACGACUAUCUCUAACUUUUAG